GGUGUAUAAUUGUGAAAUGCUCAAAAGCUGAAUUUUCUACACGACCAGAGACGCACCUCUUCUAUCCCUGGAUAAAGCGAAUCAUAUGGCGAGGGAAGUUGGAUAAAGUGAGUUCGGGACGGCGUAAAAAAUGUCUGCCGUGAGAGUGUAAGUUUGCUGAAAUAAAGCGCAGUUUUGUACAUAUUUGAUGGGCAAUUUAGGCUGUAGAAUCCAUGGAAAUUCACCAGUAGUAUACAGUGCAUCGCGCAACGGUGUGGGCGAGACUGAUAAUUGCAUCAACUACGCCAAGAGGUCCACUUCUCUCUCCCAGAACGGACUCUACAGAUUCUGCUCUUCCCCCUCGCUGGCGUUCCGCAAUCGUCUCAGCUCGAGGUCUUGCAACAACCUCCUGUCGACAUUUCCGAGAAGUGACUCCACCAAGUCACACACCCAAGACUUGAUUCUGUCCAAGAGCAACUGGCCGGUGGCGCAGCGCGAGCAUCUCUUCCUGCCCCAGUUCAAGAUCCACCGCGGCCCGGAGGAUCAGAAGUACAUCACAUCACGCUACCUCGCCUCCGGCGGCUACGGGAAGGUGUACAGUGUGGUGGAGAAGGACACAUGCAAGGAGUACGCUCUCAAGGUGCUCAGCAAGUCGCAGAUCAUCAAGGACAAUGAACUGAAGCAGCUGCGCGACGAGGUGGACAUCCAGUCGCGCUGCGGACACCAUCCCUUCAUCGUGCAGUGCCUGUCCUACUGGCAGAACCGCAAGAACAUCUACAUCCUGUGCGAAUUUGUCCCGCGUGGCGAGUUAUUUGACGCUGUGACGACAUUCUGCUACAAAUUGGUGCAGAUUUAUGUUGCAGAGAUUGGCUUAGCGCUGGAUUUUCUACACAAUGCCGGUGUCAUCUAUCGUGACCUCAAGCCGGACAACAUACUAGUGGAUGCUGACUAUCACAUCAAAUUGACGGACUUCGGAUUGAGUGCGUGGCUGAAGAUUGGCGACAGGACGCGCACGAUGUGUGGCACGGCGAAGUACAUGGCACCCGAAAUUCUCUGCGCUCAGCCUUACGGUCACUCUGUCGAUUGGUGGUCGCUGGGAGUCGUUGCCUGCCUCAUGUUGACUGAUAAGUAUCCAAUUGUCCAGAGGGGAAAUGCGCCGCUGGUGGCCGGGAACGGAGUGUGCCAUAUGCAGGCGUGCUGCAAGAAGUCGCCGGAGGAGUAUGCUGCCGAGGAGGAGCAAAUGGCCGUCAACUUGCCACGUGAGGCCGAUGACAUUCCGCCGCAGGCGAAGGAUCUGCUCCUGCGGCUGCUCGUGAUAGAUCAGCAGAAGAGGAUCAAGUCCAUUCUGGGUCUGGAGCGCAUUGCCAUGUUCAUGAACUUCUCCUUCGAUGACUGCAAGCAGAAGUUGAUGAAGCCGAGCAAGUUCAUCUACAAACACCGUGAGUCAUUCCACUGAGCGCUGAACACAUAUUAAAUCCAAAUAGCUUCCCACGUCAUGUGUAUUAUAGUUUUGUUGUUAAUCAAUUAGUUGAGUGAAUUAAUUGAGAAUGUAAAUUUUCUUGUUAUA